GUGGGGAUGGGACUUCGUGUCUCUGUGUCCCCUGCACAAACUGCCUUUUACAUCCUCCUGGUGAUGCUGGGCAUCCUGGGUAAUGCCACCGUUGUUGCUGUGAUUGGUAAAAGUGUAAUAAUGGACCGUGGUGGGGGACGGAACUCAGACAUCAUUAUCAUUAACAUGGCACUGUCCAACCUACUGGUGUCUGUAAUGAGGAAUACACUGCUUGUCAUCUCAGACAUGGGACUCGAGCUGUAUUCCUCCAAAGAGUGGUGUCAGUUCCUUAUGGGUGUCUGGGUGUGGCUGCGAUCAGUCAAUGUGUGGUCAACGCUCUUCCUCAGUGCGUUCCACCUCCAGACAUUGAGGCGUGUGGCUCCUACCAUUGGGAGCCUUCAUGGGCCCCGGGGCCUUCCUAAGACCCUCAUGCUGAGUCUGGCCCUUAUCUGGCUUGUCAACUUUAUUUACUCCAUUCCUGCUCAUAUCUUUUCCACUAACGGGGACAUUAACAGCACAGAGACCCUGAUGCUGGUGAGCAGCACAACGCGCCCCCUGCUGGGCUGCGUGUGGAACUUUCCUUCCAGCUACAGUGGCCUGGCCUAUGCUACCACAUCUAUGGUGAUCCAUGAAACAAUUCCCAUAAUACUAAUGGCCUUUACCAACCUGGGCUCCCUUUACACACUCUACACCCAUAGCAGGAUGCGGAGUUCAGUGCAAGAUGCACCUGUCAUUAAACGGGUACCUGCCGAGAGACGAGCAGCCAAGGUGAUUCUUGCUCUCAUCAUGCUUUUCAUUGCAUCCUGGGGAACCAGCAUUAUCUCUGUCAACUAUUUUAACUACAACCGUGGCUCCUCAGCGGAGUUUCUACUGGUCAUUGCUCGUUUUGCCAACAUCAUCUUCAUCGCCAUGUCACCUGCUGUUCUGGCAAUCGGCCACCGGCGGCUGCGUUCUUUCAUCAAGUCAGCACUCUCUAACUGA